AUGUCUGCAGAAAAUCCAACAAUCGUAGGACCAACUGGUGGUCAAUCAACGCAAAAGAAUGGAAAGGGUGGUGAUACCAGCAUUGGUACAUUUUCAGUGAAGAGUGGACUUGCACAAAUGCUUAAGGGUGGUGUUAUUAUGGACGUCGUUAACGCUGAACAAGCUCGUAUCGCUGAAGAAGCCGGUGCAUGUGCUGUUAUGGCACUUGAACGUGUACCAGCUGACAUUCGUCAAGAGGGCGGUGUGGCGAGAAUGUCUGACCCUGCUUUGAUCAAGGAGAUUAUUGAUGCUGUAACCAUUCCUGUCAUGGCAAAGUCUCGUAUCGGACACUUCGUUGAAUCACAAAUCCUCCAAGAAUGUGGCGUUGACUACAUUGAUGAGUCUGAAGUACUCACACCUGCAGACGAGCAACAUCACAUCAACAAGCACCAAUUCAAGGUACCAUUCGUUUGCGGUUGUAAAAACCUCGGUGAGGCAUUAAGAAGAAUCAGCGAAGGUGCAGCGAUGAUAAGAACUAAAGGCGAAGCUGGCACUGGAAAUGUCGUCGAAGCUGUUAGACACGAGCGCCAACUUAUGUCUGACAUAAGGAAAGCUUCCUCAAUGGAAGAAGAGGAGUUAUAUGCAUUUGCUAAAGAACUCCAGGCUCCUUACCACCUCCUCAAGGAAACUGCAAGGCUGAAAAAAUUGCCUGUCGUUAACUUUGCUGCUGGUGGUUUGGCCACCCCAGCUGAUGCUGCUAUGCUGAUGCAAUUGGGCUGCGAUGGUGUCUUUGUUGGCUCCGGUAUCUUUAAAUCAGGCAACCCACUUAUGCGUGCAAAGGCUAUUGUGCAGGCAACAACCCACUACCAGAAUCCAAAGGUGCUCGCUCAAGUCAGUGAAGGUCUUGGUGAGGCUAUGGUGGGUCUCAACGUUGACAGGAACCUUAAGGGUGGUCAAUUUGCCCAACGUGGAUGGUAA